CUGGGAGGGACUUUUAUCUGCUCUUGUUUAGUUCUCAAUGGAUGCCAACAUCAGCCACGACACGAGAUCCGAUCACAUACUGUAAAUAUAUAUAGAAAUAAAAUCAGAUGCGAGACGAAGCGCGUUUUCUUAGCGUCGGAUAUAACGUUAAAAGCGCGCGCUCGCCAGAAGUAAUGUCGUGUGUUUAAUAAUGUGUUGGUCUGACUGGACUGAAAUGACCAUAAAGACGAAGUGAUUGUGUUUUGGGUGAAUCCAGAUGUGAUGUAUGGCCUGACAGAGAGACAGACAGGCGGAGGGCAUCGUCUCUGUUUAUAAACACACGGAUCUUCAUAUAGGAAUCAGAUAUAUGGGGGAUUAAUGCACCCUUUCCAGUGGUGCAACGGGUGCUUCUGCGGUUUGGGACUAAUCUACUCCAAUAAGACCUGCACUAUGCCCUCCGUCACCUUCCAGGACCUUCCUCUCAACAUCUACAUGGUCAUCUUCGGCACAGGCAUCUUCGUCUUCGUCCUCAGCCUCAUCUUCUGCUGCUACUUCAUAAGUAAAUUGAGACAUCAGGCUCAAAGUGAACGCUUUGGAUACCGAGAGGUGGUUUUAAAAGGGGAUCCAAAGAAGCUGAAUCUACAUGGGACGUGUGCAGUGUGUCUGGAGGACUUUAAGGUGAAAGAUGAGCUGGGAGUGUUGCCAUGCCAACAUGCCUUUCACAGGAGGUGUGUGGUGAAGUGGCUGGAGGUGCGCUGUGUGUGUCCAAUGUGUAACAAACCUCUGUCUGGAUCCUCCGAGCAGCACCAGAGCCUCGGGACUCUGCUGGAUGAGCUGGUGUAGAGCGCAGACUAGCAUUAGCAUCAAAAAAAACAAAAAAACUCACAAACGCCUCUGACCUGACUGUGAUUUCACCCGAAUCUGAGACUGAUGAACGCCAGGGCCACGUCUUAUUCAUGACGAACCAACUGAGGAAGCAUUUAGGAUGAGGUUUUGUGUCUUUUCAGACUGUAAUUAAGCACUGAAUGCUAACAGAGCUGUCUGUUUGUAUGCUAACUCAGAAGGCUAACUCACCACAGGUUCCCUCAGGAAUACAUACAGGGUUUUUUGGAUAAGUGGUUUUCGAUUUUAUCGGUUAAAUAAGGUCUGUGUUUAACAAUUUUUCAAGUUUUGAAGAACUCAAAAACAACACUUGGGUGCUAACCUUAACCCUAACUGCUUAAGUUAUACGUUGCUAGCAAGUUCUCACGUUUAAAGUAGGCUACAUAUGUAAAGUGGAUACUAAAGUUGUUUUGGGACCAUACUAUAGUAAAGUGUAUGAUACUGUAUGUAUUAUAUUGUUUACAACCCUUCUACAAUAGUGAACUGAUAAACGGUAAUAAAUACUGUAGUUCACUUUCGUUUUUUACUAUAGUUAACUGUGGUUUGUCGUAGUAUAAUGUACAAUAGAGUUGUUAAAAAGCUGCAGUGUUGAGUUAUUUGUUUAUGUUGUUAUGGUAUGGAGCCAGAUCAGUCUCAAAAAUAAUACGUUUGCAAAAGAAAAACUCAUACAUGCACCGCACAAUUCACAUUUACAGAAUUCAAUUCGUAAAUUCAAAACACAAUUUGUGAAUUCACGGUUUGAA